AUGGCAACAAAUAUAACUCUUGAUUCAAGUCGGGAUCUUCGACAUACACGAUUAGUUCUUCUAUCUACACUUUUUCUAAUUGGAUUAACCGGUUGUUCGAUUGUUAUUUAUUGGUUAAUACGCUAUGCAAGAUGGAAUAUGAGAUCUUCUCGUAUAUGUUCACUUAUUCUUAAUCUAGUCAUUGCUAAUCUAUCUGUAUAUAUUUUUGCAACUGGCAUUCAAAUUUUUUGGGAAUUUCAAAUAAAUCGACAAUGGCCAUUUAAUGAUUUUCUAUGUCGUACAGUAAAAUUUUUUCAAAGUUUUUCCAUUCUUUCAGCAACUUAUAUUGUUGUUAUAAUGGCUAUUGAUCGUUGUAUUGCAAUUGUUACGCCAUUAAAAGCUGGUAAAAUUCGUGUACUCUAUUUAUGUGGAGGUGCAUGGUUUUUAGCUGCUCUUUUAUCAACACCAAAUAUAUUUAUAUUUCAUUUACGUAUUGAUGGUUCUGCUCGUUAUUGUACAGCUGUAUUUAACCAACAAACGACUCGUACAGGUCGUCGUAUUUAUUUAACAUUCAUAUCACUUGUUGUUUAUUUUAUACCAUUUCUUGUUCUUGUUCUUUGUUAUACAUUUAUUUUUAUUAAAUUAUUAUGGCGUGAACGUGAUCAACAAAGCAGUUUUCUUGCACAAUCAUCGUUAUGCUGUUCAUGUUUAUUUGAUAUCAAAAUGGGUAAUGCAACAAAAAUUAUAUUAGACGAAACGCGUACAAGAUCAGCAUCGAAUCGUUCAUCAUUUACUGAAUUUGAUGCAAGACGAAAACGUGCAAAUACUUAUGCAAAAGCUCGAACAAAAACAUUUCGCAUGAUUAUCGUUCUUGUCUUGUUCAUGAUUAUAUUCGGUGCACCAUAUUAUUGUUUGGAAUUAUAUGUUGCUUAUAGUGGUCGGAAACCAACUGAUUUAGUUCUAGCUUUAGCUGGUGGAGCAGCUGUUGCUCCGUCAUCAUUAGAUCCAUGGAUAUUUCUCUUAUUUUGGGCUAAUUGGAAUCAACCAACUAAUGCUGGUAGUAGUCGACGUUUAGGUCAUAUUAGUCUACAACAAAAACAGCAACAACAACAAUGUAUUCAAGUACGACGAACUAUUCGAGCGAAUACAAGUGGUACAUCAUCAUCAACUGAUCCACGUCAACAUCAACAUGUUCUUCUUGUUGGUCAAUCACCUGUACUACCUUAUACUAUCAGAUGGAACACAAAUAAUAACAGACAGAAAACAUUAUAA